UUUUCGUACUCAAGCCAAGCGAAGUUUCUUAUGACACGGCCAAAAAACAUGGCGGACAAGACUACCAAACGAAAAGCAUUUGAAAUCCCCGUUUUGGACGAUAUAGACGAAGUUGUUCAAGUUACCCCAGUUUUUACACGUAGGACAAAAACAAGGAAUGCAGGGGAAUGUAGAACAAGUAUUUCUAAGCCGGAAAACUCUAAAACCGUUCAGAAAUUGCCAACGAAACCAAGCGAGAAAAAUGAGCAAAUUCCCGCUCCCUGUAUUAAUAGGCAGAGCGAAACUGAAAAGGCUACCGAUAUAGAGACGGUUCAAAGUGACGCUGGUGCAACGAAGGAAUCGAAUAAGAGUGAAUCCUGUGAAAUAACUGUUGGUAAAAAUUUUUUAGAGACAUUUGCGUUUAUUGAGAAUACGAAAUAUUACGAGGCGCCCAAAGCAUCGACGUCGAAAAACCCCAAAUCUUCAGAAACUGUGUAAGUCGGAAUGUUCUCUAAAAUUUCUUAGACUAACAACAUUGGCUUGUUCUGCCAGGAAAAAUGAGGAGGGAUGGCUUUUAGUUUUAUAAAUAUUAAUAAUAAUAUUAACAGCUGAAUAUAGCUCAGCAAGGGUCAUCUCUAAUUGUCUCCAGGUUGGUUUACGCUAUCAAAGUUUUUGUGAUCAUAGUAAGAAUUUUGCAUAGGUAAAGUUUACAAGAAAUGUUUGAGGGAACUGACUCAGUGUUAAAUUACUCAGUUCCCAUAAUUCUUUCUGGAAUUCUGGAGAAAACAUACAAAUGCAAAUUAAUUGUAAUCGGUCACCAAUCCCAAUUGUACUGUGUAAACUCUGAACGAAAAUCCAAACACAAACAUCCUAAUCACUAUUUUAUUUAAUCACACCACUGUCUUCUGCAUUCUGUCUUAAUCUAAACCUUAUAUGUCCUUAAUCCUGGGUUCGUACAAAACUUGAAAGUCUUUGAAUGUCCUUGAAUUUGAAAACAAAAAUUCAAGGACUUGAAUGUCCUUAGUUUGCAAAGAAGUACUUGAAAGUCAUUGCUUAGUUUAUGGAUACUUUCUGAAAUUGUUUGACAUUCAAAACGGACAUUUUGUUGAAUUGAUUUUGCAUGUUCAUGUGUGGCAAAGCUGUUUGAAACUCAUUAAAGUUGAAUUUUGAACAAUUCGACGUCACAUUUUACUGAAGUAUUUAGUCCUUGAAUUUGCUGAUACAUGGCCUUAGUGAAAAGUCCUUGAAUUUGACUCUUCCCGACAUGUAUGAACCCUGUUAAUCCCUGAUCACUAGUUUAAUAUCCUUUAUGCCUUAAUUUUGAACUUCACUGUUUUCCAGUAGUUCAAAGCUUGGUCAAGAACAGGCAGUUAAAACUCAAGUUAACUCAUCAAAAUCAAACACACUCCUUGUUAAUCAGAGACAGGUAAUAGCCAUACGCAACACGAUGACGACUCAGAGCCGUCUGAAGCAUCUUCUUACGUUAGAAUUCAUUUGAUUUAAUAUGAAAAAAAAUCAUAUUUAUGAGAAUGAUUCUGUGAUAGAAUUCAAACAUGCCACGUUCUCAAAGAUAAAGGUGGUGAUCUAGAACGCCAAAGACGCCAGUUGGAACAAGCCAACAAGGCAAUGAAAUUUUCGUCAUUCAUUCCUGCAAUGUUAUAACUGCACGCAUAUAAAUCUCACAGCGUGUCAACAAGAUGUGUUCGUACUGCUUGUUCCCAGUUGUUGACAAGUGUGGAACAAGUUGUUAUCAUCUUGUAACAAGAUUGAUAAGGCCAACAGACUCACAACAAGUUGUUCCAACAAGUCUGAUAUCGUCUGCACGUAACAAGUCGUCAACAAAUUGAUGACAACAAGCUCGUAGCAAAUUGUUACGAACAGCCUGUAUUAGUCUUGUUGGAACAACUUGUAGCAAGUCUGUUACCGUCAUCAAUCUUGUAACAAGGUGAUAACAACUUGUUCCAGACUUGUCACAACAACUGGGAACAAGCAGUGCGAACACAUCCUGAUAUCGGCUUCACAACAACCUUGUUAAAACUUGUUUGCAGAUUUGCGACAACUUGCGCGUUUUUACGUGUGUAGUAUGGACGAUUUAGUAAUAGAAUUAGUUCAGAUUUGGACACUUUACUUACAGGUUCUUCUGCCUGAAUAUUAUAUAAUUUCUGUAUCUCAAUUCAGUACAUAAAUUGUGUAUAAAUUAACGAGGACCUGUACUUAAUUUUUCUUACACAUGGGUUAUCUUCAGAAAGGGAAUCCAGUUCUGAAGUUCUUUCGCAAUGUACCCUGGGAAUAUAGUGACAUCAUUCCUGAUUACGUCAUGGGACAGAGAAUUUGUGCCGUAUUUCUGAGGUGAGAUCAUGUUUGACAGUUUUUUGGUUCGAUACUUUAACAUACUAAAUAUGCAGCAUUAUUUCGAUAUUGCAACAUUAUUUCGACACUAUGUUGGAUCGGCUUCGACUUUAAAAUUUCAUUCGACAAAAAUGUUUCUUGCUUAUGGCCGAUUUACAAGUUGAGUUGUACUGUGUUAGCGGUCGGUAAAUAAAGUUUUUCUAUCUAUAGGUAAAUUGUGUGCUUGAUUUACACAGUACAACUCAAGUUGUAAGCAGGUUGCAUGCGACAGUUUUAGGCAAACGUUGUGUGGUGUAAAUCUGCCUUUAGAGUCGUUUAAAGUUGAGAAGUGAGAGUUUGCAUGCGAGUUAAUUCCUCGAGUUGUUUUAAGUAUACUGGUCAUCUCAAUGUGUUACAGUACCAUAGUUUAAAAGACGACGUAUCUUUUUAGCAUCCGUUAUCACAACUUUAAUCCAGACUACAUUCACGAAAGAUUAAAACAACUUGGAAAUCGUUAUGAUGUGAGAAUUUUACUUGUACAAGUCGAUAUCGUAAGUGAAUUUAUGAAAAACGUUCUAAAUUCAUAACCAUCCAUACGAAACGAAUUUAACCUGAAAUGGCUAAAAUUGCUAAAUAGCUCAAUGUUUUUAACAUAUUGUUUUUUCUUCAUACAGAAAGACCCACAUAAAACGUUGAAGGAGCUAACAAAAAUAGCCAUUUUGGCUGACUGUACUUUGAUGCUUGCUUGGAGGUGGGUGCAUGGCAUAUGUUGUAACUAGACGUAUCUCCCCAGAGGGGGACUAGCCCCACCCUACCCCAGACUAAACUCAGCCCAUGUAUACUGGAAAUCUGGAAUGUUCUAUCAACUACACAUAUAAAAAUCUCACAACUUGUCAACAAGAUGUGUUCGCAACAGGUUUGUAGCAAGCUUGUCAACAAGUUGUAACAAUGCUGUUAUUUUAUCAAGUUGCUACAAGGUUGUCACUCACAACUUGCCGACAAAUUGUUGAAAUGCAGGACGAUAACAAGUUGUUGGAACAACUUGUAACGAGUCUGUUGAGCUCAACAACCUUGUAGCAAGUUGCUAACAAGCCGUUGACAACUUUUCAACAAGCUGGUAACAAGCAGUGCGAACACAUCCUGUUGACAAGUUGUUGGAACAGCAUUCCUACAAGUCUGCUGCAGGUUUGUUACAACUUGUGCGUUUUUACGCGUGUAGAGUGUAGUUGACAAGUUGCGAGAUUUUGACGUUUGUACUCCAAAACAUUAUGUGGUUUUAUUUCUAUUCAACAGCGCCGAAGAAGCAGCACGAUACAUAGAAAUGUACAAAAUCUACGAAAAUAAACCGCCAGAGGCUCUUCAGGGGCAAACAAGCACCGAUUAUCUAUCAAAAGUA